UACUAAUUCGAACUUUUAUAUGUGUUUUAAAAUAAAAUGUUAAGAAUUUGUGCCCGAAUUCCGGAGUAAACACUUACAUAAAAUGAUUGAAUUAAAUUUUUAAAACAGAUGAUAAGGCAAAAAUAAUUUAAGGAAUAAAUUGUAACAGUUUUCAUCAUGUCUAAUUACUUAUCCAUUACCGAUAUUUUAGUAAGUAAUGAAAAAGUUCCUUGUAAGUUUUUACACGAUCUACCGAAAAUGGGAUUUUUGGACCCAUCUUGUACCGACGAGGAUUUGAAAGCUGGAACAAAUUUAGAAAUACCAUUAUGGUUAGCCGAAUCUCUGUCUUCCAGAAGACCACCACUUUGCAAUGUAGAUUUACCCAAAGUUUAUAAAGAAACAUAUAGAGAAAUUUUUAAUGCAGAUGCUUGUACUGUAGAUCUCCAUAAACUUUCUCAAUAUUUUUAUGAGCUUGGCUGUUACAUAGCUAAACAUGAUAUCAAGGGUGAAGUUGCAUCUACACUUGUAAAUACAUUUCGACAGCGUUUCCGAAUGAUUCUCUCCGCUAGUGUGUCAACGGAUUCUGUUAAUGCUGUUCAACCUUUAUCUGCAAGUGAAAGAGUUCGUACAGCUGCAGCUAUGACUACUGAAAAAGCGCUCUCUGCUUGGUUGAAAAGAGGCGACUGUCCGCUCACUACUGCAAAUAUGGUUGCUAAUCAUAGAAAACGAAAAAGAGCAGAAAUGGAAAUGCUAUAAUAAAUAAGAGUUCUAAGUAUUAAGUAUAUCAAUAAAGUAUAAUUUAUUCUUAGUUAUGGCAA